ACAGGUUGUGCGUGACAGGCUGCUGCCCUCGCCCGCCUAGUCGCUGCCAGUACCACCUUUUCAUGUUCUAGUGGAGCUGGUUGAACGGUCACAUCCACAGCUUUGUGAGCAGAACAGGGAUUCAAUACACACAACUAUGUCCGAGGAGGCUGACGGAACAAGGACUUCAGAGGAACAGCAGGAAAUGGAGGACAAAGUAGUCAGUCCAGAGAAAGCAGAGGAGGCCAAACUGAAGGCCAGGUAUCCUAAUCUUGGAGCGAAACCUGGAGGCUCAGACCUACUCAGGAAAAGACUUCAGAAGGGGCCCAAGUAUUUUGAUUCUGGUGACUACAACAUGGCUAAGGCAAAAAUGAAGAACAAACAGUUGCUAUCAGCCCCAACAGAGAAGACUGAAAUCACAGGGGGGCACAUCCCGACACCACAGGACCUGCCUCAAAGAAAAACUUCAAUUGUGGCCAGCAAGCUGGCAGGUUGAUGGUUUUAUGUUUUGUUACCAUUCCAACUCCCACUGCAUAUCUACCUGCUGUUUAAUUUUUUUUGUUGAUUUCUCACCUUCAUAUGUAUUAUCUAAGAACAAGUUAUGUACCAAGCCAAAUUCUUGAGGGGGGAAAAAAAACAGACACUGAAUUGGCAGUGACUUGAAUACAAAAAAGUAGUAGCUGAAAAUGUUUCUCAAGAUCUUAAAAAAAGACUGAAUAGUAUCGAUUUAUGAACAUGAUAUCACACUCCUUAAUAUGAAUGGAUGUUUGUGCUAUCUUAUUUUCACUUUUAAGGAUAUAUGCCUCCACGCUGAUUAAACAGUAGCUGAAGAGCCUUCACAGAGGAUCUGUUUUCAUCACCACAAAUUAAUGUUGUUCUAUGUUACUAUGUCAAUAACAAAAACACUUACAAAAUACUUACAAGUUAUGACUACAGACAGAAGAUAUUAUCGGUUUGCAUUGAUGUAUGUGUAAAGUAAAGAGGACUCACCUGCUCAUAUGGAGGCAUGUCUCUUUAAAUAGUGAAAAGUGAAGUAAUCCUGCUUUGUUUUUUUCUAAUUGUGUCCCUUCCUCUCUCUGUAAAGCUGUUUGAUUCUGUGCUUUCAUAGUACUGAAGAUUAGAUCACACACACUUUGUAGCCACUUGUAUUUUACUUCAUGUUAGUGACAUUGGUUCGCAAAGACUUGCUGCUCGUCUCCAUCUCAUCCUGACCUCUAAAAUGGCCUUAAAAGUAACAAACUGUUGUUUCUCUUGAGCAAUAUUUGCUCCCUCGGUGAGAAUCUUAGUUGUGAAUUUUGCCUGACAAUGUCCAUCACUGUCUGACUGGAAUCACUUAGGAUUUUAUGAGAAGAAACUCCCUUAACAUGUCUGGAGUGUGCAUGUGCAUUUACCAUGCAGUCACACUGUGCCAUUUGUUUUGUAAAUAAAAUAGUUUUGCAUAAUAUCUUACCAGUACACUUA